AUGCUGGUAGCUUCUGUAAUGAAAUUCAAUUUGGUUUUAGAUUUCUAUGAGAGUGUGAAUGACAAUAUAACAGGCAAGUUUAGAACCAUCAUUCUCGGUUAUGAUACGGCUCAUCUUCUUUGUUGUAUUUUUGAUAUUUUACAAUCAGGCCCCAUGAUAACAGAGCUUGGAAGCUCCAUAAACGCAACACUACAAAAACUAUUUAAAGGCCAAGUAAACGACGAAACAGUUGAGAACUCUUUAAAGGAGAUAUGCACUUCCCUGAUUAGGUCAAAUGCCAAUCCGGAGCUGGUGUCGCGCUUUCGUUUGCAGAUAAAGGAACAGAUUGAGAAAGAGAAAAUAGACAGCAAUGCUAACAAGGCAAAAAGUGGUGCAUAG